AUGGAUUUCAGCAACUUUUCAAAGACAAAUUCACCUUCUUCUUCAACAAAAGCCAGGAGAAAACAAAACCAGCGGCAAAACCAACCACCAAAUGAAACCCGAUUUCUCGGAGUAAGAAGAAGGCCAUGGGGGAGAUAUGCAGCCGAGAUAAGAGACCCCACAACCAAAGAGCGCCACUGGCUCGGCACAUUCGACACUGCAGAAGAAGCCGCCUUGGCUUAUGACAGCGCCGCUCGAUCCAUGCGCGGCUCCAAAGCCCGCACCAAUUUCGUCUACUCAGACUCGCCUGCGGGCUCUUCUGUCACGUCCAUUCUCUCCCCUGAUGAGUCUCAGCACGAUCUCUCUUCACUCUUUCUUCCCCCUAACAACGAAAACAAUAACAGGAGCCAUGGCCAUCUCUUAUUUAACUCUUCUUCUCUAGAAAAUGGAGGGCAGCCGUUUAAUCUCCCAUUCGAGGACGAUCAAUGGCUACAAACCAGCGAGUCUUACAAGCCGAUAACUUGCGUUAUGGACGCUGCGGAAGGGUUUCAUUCGCAGCCGUUUAGAGAAGGCUGCGAGCUGCCACCUUUGCCGCCAGAUGUGUCGUCGGGCUCGAACUACAUGAUGGGAGGAGGGUAUGGCUAUGGGGGGUGGAAUGAGACGUCGACGAGCUUCAUGGCAUAUCAAGGGAAUACGGAGCAAUAUAAUAUCGGGGGUGUUUUUAAAAGCAAUGAAAGUAACGAGGGCUUGUUUGGAAUCGAUUCUAACGAGUUUAUGCAACAUGGAGGCAUGGUUGGGGACCCUGCAGGCCAAGAUGAAUGUCUACUUGAGAAUGCACAAGCAGCACUGUUACAGUUCACAGAACCCUCCAAGCCAGAACUUCAAAGCCUGUCAGUCUCUAAAGCAACCAGAAUUGCAACUGAAACAAAGAUGUCAACGCCAAUGUUUUUUCUGAAGAAACUAUUACCUGAUGUGACUUGUGCUGCUCUGAGUCAUCAGAACACCAGUUUUUGCUCCAUUCAUGGUGCUGCUUUCUCAUCAAGAAAAACAUCCUACCUGGUCAAGGCAGAUGCAGUGCAGCCAUUGUUAAAAACCUUGAGUGAUAUGGAGUCCGGUGUGGCAGAGGCUGCUCUUAUGGGACUUUGA